UUUAUUUCCACUUUUCAAAAUUCAAAUAGUUGAUUUGAUAGAUGAUCUGUCAAAAAAUCCAAAAUAUGAAUUGAAAAUCCGUGAUUUCUUUAUAAAUAUACAGUUGAUUGCGUUAUAUAAAUAUACAUUAAUAUUUUUUGUUACAUAUUACAAACUUCUUAUGUGUAUUACGUGAUUACCUUUUCUGAACCGGUUAAGGUUAUGAAAUAAUUUAUCAUUUUAAAAACAUUUUUUGGUUACCUAUGUUGUUCAGUAAACCAAAAUAAAUAAUGUCCAGAAUACUACAUAAUCGUGUAAGAUCAUCAUUUAAGAACACAUCAUGGGUCAGCAUCGACAAACGAGCAGUAGCAUUCUCAAUAUGGACUGGACGUAGCAUGCUACUGUACAAACCAAUAGAUACGAGCCAUGUGCAGAGAAGAUGCUAUGGUAUGCUUGUUGCAAGGGCUAUUAGAGGAGUGUUGAAAAUUCGUUACUUAGUUCUCGGUGGUGCCGUUGGUGGAGGCAUGACGUUGAAUAAGAAAUAUGCCGAGUGGAAGGAUGGUCUUCCAGAUAUGGGCUGGUUAAAUGACCUGCUCCCCGACAAUGAACAAUGGGAUAGAUUUACAACUACACUGAUUACAGCAAAAGAUAAAAUCGGUGAUCAAUUGCAGAUUGAUCCACGACUCCGUGAAGCUGGUGUUGCCAGGGCCACCGAGCUGCGCGAGUGGUUAGCUCAGAGGUACGAAGAUGCCGUGGCGGCCGCAGCCGUUAACAAUCAACAACGAUUAGUGUAUUGUUCAGAGCCGGCUCCGAAGAUAGUGAACAACCUCCAGAGCAGGCCCGCGUCGCCGCCGCCCGCGCGCUCCGCCGACGACGCCGCGCACUACGAGAAACGUGUCCACGCCUUGCAAGAGGAAGUACUGGCUCUACAGGCGCGCUACCAGAGGGAGCUGCAGCGGCUAGAACAAGAGAACAGAGAGCUGAGGCAGCAGAACAUGCUGCUGAAACAGGGCAGGCAACCUUCCACUAAGAAGAUGAAGCGGUCACUGAUCGACAUGUACUCGUCCGUGCUGGACGAGCUGGCGGGCUGGGAGGCGGACGGCGCGGACCGGCUGCCGCGGGUGGUGGUGGUGGGCGACCAGUCCGCCGGCAAGACCUCCGUGCUGGAGAUGAUCGCGCAGGCCAGGAUCUUCCCGCGCGGCGCUGGCGAGAUGUGCACCAGAGCCCCGGUGAAGGUGACGCUGUCCGAGGGCCCGUACCACGUAGCGCAGUUCAGGGACUCCUCCAGAGAGUUUGAUCUCAAUAAGGAAUCUGAUUUAGCUGACUUAAGGAAGGAGGUGGAGCUGCGCAUGCGCAACAGCGUGCGCGGCGGCCGCACGGUCUCGUCGGACGUCAUCUCGAUGUCGGUGAAGGGGCCCGGCCUGCACCGGAUGGUGCUGGUGGACCUGCCCGGAGUCAUCUCGACUCAAACCGUGGACAUGGCGGCGGACACUCGCGAGGCUAUCAAGCAGAUGACCAGACAGUACAUGGACAACCCCAACGCCAUCAUCCUGUGCAUUCAGGACGGGUCAGUGGACGCGGAGCGCAGCAACGUGACCGACCUGGUGUCUUCCUGUGACCCACAGGGGAAACGAACGAUCUUCGUGCUGACCAAGGUGGAUCUGGCCGAAGAGAACCUCGCCAAUCCGAACCGGAUCCGCCGCAUCCUGGAGGGCAAGCUGUUCCCGAUGAAGGCGCUGGGCUACUACGCCGUGGUGACGGGCCGCUCGCGCCGGGACGACUCCAUCCAGGGCAUCAGGGAGUACGAGGAGAGAUUCUUCAGCUCCUCGAAACUAUUCAAGAAUGGUCUGGUGACCCCGUCGCAGGUGACCACCAGGAACCUGUCGCUGGCCGUCGCCGAGUGCUUCUGGAGGAUGGUGCGCGCGACCGUCGAGCAGCAAGCCGACGCCUUCAAAGCUAUGAGGUUCAACCUGGAGACCGAAUGGAAGAACACGUUCCCGAGGCAGCGCGAGCUGGACCGCGACGAGCUGUUCGAGCGCGCGCGCGCCGAGCUGCUGGACCAGGCCGCCGAGCUGUCGGCCGUGCCCGCCCAGCGCUGGGAGCACGCGCUGCGGGACGCGCUGUGGGACCACGCCGCGCCCACCGUCAUGGACCGCAUCUACCUGCCCGCCGCCGCCGCCGCGCACCACGACCAAGAGCCGUCGCUCCGUCAGAUACACUUGAAGGCCGAGCCCGCGCCCCCCGGACCCCCCGGCCCCCCCGGGAUCGACUUCAACAAGUUUAACACGCUAGUGGACAUAAAGCUGCGCGAGUGGGCGGAGCGCGAGCUGCCCGGCACGUCGGUGCAGGCCGGGCGGGAGGCCCUGCGCGCCGAGUUCUCGCGCCUCACGGAGCCCGCGGAGCCCGAGCCGCUGUUCCGCGGGCUGCGCGAGCACGCCGUGCGCGAGGCGCUGCUGCGGCACGACUGGGAGGAGCGCGCGCAGGACGUGCUGCGCGUGCUGCAGCUGAACGCGCUGCAGGACCGCUGCGUGAGCGCGCGCGCGCACUGGGACCGCGCCGUGGCGCUGCUGGAGGCCGCGCUGGGGGACCGCCUGGGGGCCGCGCGGGACCGUCUGCGGGACCUCACCGGUCCGGGGUGGCGGGAGCGCUGGCUGUCUUGGACCAGCCCCACGGAGGAGCAGCGGCGCCGCGCCCUGCUGGCCGCCGAGCUGGAGCAGCUGGGCACCGCGCGCCCGCAGCUCACGUACGACGAGGUGGUGGCCGUGCGGGACAACCUGCGCCGGCAGGGCGUGGAGGUGGACAACGACUACAUCAGGGAGACGUGGAAGCCGCUGUACCUGAGGAAGUUCCUAGAGCAGGCACUGACCCGCGCCCGGGACUGCAGGAAGAGCUUCUACUUGUACAGCCAACAGAACGGCGCCGGGAAGGAGUGUUGCGAGGUGGUGCUGUUCUGGCGCAUCCAGCAGACCCUGGAGACCACGGCUAACGCUCUUAGGCAGCAGAUUGGGAACCGGGAGGCCGCCAGGCUCGACCGGGAGCUGCGGGAGGUGCUCGACGAGAUGGCGGCCGACGCGGACCUCAAGAAGCAGCUGCUGUCCGGCAGGCGGGUAGAGCUCGCAGAGGAACUAAAACGAGUGCGGAAAGUACAGGAGAAAUUAGAGGAAUUUAUCGAAGCACUUAACAAAGAAAAGUAGUUUUAUGUUGUGUAUUCUAGUUUAUUGUGUAAAAAGGAUAUCUUUACGGUCAUGUUAUGUACUAAAUGUUAACGAACAGAAAAAAACUAUAUUUAUAAUUCUUCAAAGUGGAAUUCCCGACAACACCCCUCCACACCCUUGUUUGCAGUUGUCACUGGGCACUCGGGUUAAUUCCAACCUUCAAAUAAACGUACUCAGGGUUUGAUACUUGGUAACAUUUUACAGUUCUACCAUUUCGUUGAUUAUUCUAAAUGCUGGCAACAUCGUGUCCUUCGUAUAAUUUACUGCAGAGUAACGCCUACCCUCCAUAUUCUUCUCUAUAUUUUUAAUUAUAUACGUUAUGCAUUUAAGAGUUGUUGAAACGCCGACGAUCGUUAUCGAUGUAUGUAUUUAUAUUUAUUGUACUGUUCCCACAGCUGCUUGAUUGUAAGUUAUGUAAUAAAACGAAUACAAAA